CUCCAACGGUGUAGGAAGGAGACGGUGGACAUAAAGCAUAUGUUUAAAAAAAAAAAAAGAAAGAAAAAAUGAAAGACAGAGCGUUGAAAUUGACAUUCACCAGAUUGUUCACCUUCUCUCUCUCUUUCCUCGCCUCCCUCCGUUUCUCCUCGGCAGUCCUCGCCGUAAAACCAUUCUCUUCUCAGUCACUCCCAUCAGCUGUCUGCCAGUAGUGUGGACGUGUCAGGUCUGCUCCUCUAGGUGGUGAUAAGUGCUACCUGCUGGUGGCAUGUGAACAUCGUCCGCUUCGUGCGAAUUGCCGAGCGGAAUGAGGCCUCUGUUGUCCUGGGGUGGAUUUUGAAAAAGCUAUGUCCUGUACUCGUAUUUUUACUGAACAAAAACGAAAAAAAAGAAAAAAAGAACUCGUGCUCACGUGGGACCAGGUGAGCCGCCUCAACGAGGUUCUGACCGAGGCCGUGCCUGUCCAUGGACGAGGCAACUUCCCUACCUUGGAGGUGCGACUGAAAGACAUCGUCCAGAUGGUGCGGGUCCGUCUGGAGCAAAGGGGAAUAACGGUGAAAGAUGUUCGUCUCAACGGGUCUACGGCCAGUCACGUGCUGGUGCAGGACAUUGGCUGGAGCUACAAAGAUCUGGAUGUCAUAUUCAGGGUCGACCUCCCGCGAGAAGAAGAGUUCCAGCUCAUCAAAGACGUGGUGUUGGGCACAUUGCUCGACUUCCUUCCUGAAGGGGUGAACAAGGAGAAAAUCACUCCCAUGACCCUGAAGGAGGCCUAUGUGCAGAAGCUGGUCAAAGUGUACACCGAACAGGACCGCUGGUCCCUCAUAUCUUUGUCCAACAAUAACGGGCGCAAUGUGGAGCUCAAGUUUGUUGACUCAAUCCGCAGGCAGUUUGAGUUCAGUGUGGACUCGUUCCAGAUCGUUCUAGAUUCUGUGCUCUCGUACUACGAUUUCUCAGAAGACCCCAUGACCCAGGAUUUCCACCCCACCGUGGUUGGGGAGAGCAUGUACGGAAACUUUGCCGUCGCUCUGGACCACCUCAGGAAUAAGCUGAUCGCCACCAAAAGACCAGAGGAGAUCCGCGGUGGUGGUCUACUGAAAUAUUGCAAUCUCUUGGUGAGAGACUUCAAGCCAACGGAUGAGGAGGAGUUUAAGGCCCUGGAAAGGUAUAUGUGCUCCCGCUUCUUCAUUGACUUUCCCGACAUCGGCGACCAGCAGCGGAAGCUGGAGGCCUAUCUGCAAAGUCACUUUGUGGGCGAGGAGAAGAGCAAGUACGACUACCUCAUGAUCCUGCGGCGGGUUGUGAAUGAGAGUACGGUGUGCCUCAUGGGCCACGAGAGGCGACAGACGCUCAACCUGAUCUCGCUGACAGCGUUUCGAGUGCUGGCAGAGCAGAAUGCCAUACCAGAUGCUUCCAGUGUUACUUGUUACUAUCAGCCGGCACCUUAUGUCAGAGACUUGAACUUCAGCAACUACUACGUGGCCUCGUGUAACCAGUCCAUUCCAACAUGGCUGCCAUGCAACUAAGAGACACAUGAGAUGCUUCUAAAAACGGAGAAAAAAAAAAGAAAAAAGAGAAAGAAAAUAUAUAAAAAAAGGCCAAAAAAGUAGGCUGUAACCUGGUGUUUCCCUCUAUA